CCACAGCCGGCGAAGGCUGACAAUAAAUACACACAUACACACACGGGCACAGAAGGAAACAAACGCUGCCGCUCAUGGAAGAGAGCAGGGAUUCUAGAGUGAAGAGAUUUUUAACCAGUAAUGGCAUGGUCAUUCUUGGAUUCAUCUUUAUCCUGUGUUUGAUAGCUUUGCUUGCUGUGGGGCUGGUCCAGAAUAAAGCACAGUCUGAAAACUUUAAGUAUGGAAUUGUGUUUGAUGCGGGUUCUUCCCACACGACCAUGUACAUCUACAAGUGGUCAGCAGAAAAGGUGAAUGACACGGGAUUGGUGUAUGAGAUAGAAGCCUGUAAAGUCAAAGGUCGAGGAAUCGCAUCAUAUAGAAACUUACAAGAAAUACCUGUUUACAUGUCUCAAUGCAUGGGAAGAGCCAAGGAUGUGAUUCCAAGGUUCAAGCACCAAGAGACACCUGUUUACUUGGGAGCCACAGCAGGCAUGAGGUUGCUCAGAUUUGACAAUAAAGAGUUGGUGGAGAAGAUCCUGUCUUCAGUGUCAAGUCUCUUCAAAUCCUACCCCUUUAAUUUCCAGGGUGCCAGGAUCAUCUCCGACGCCGAGGAAGGUUCUUAUGGUUGGAUUACCAUCAACUAUCUGCUAGGAAGACUAAAGGAGAAACACAGUCCUAAAAGCCUGUUUUGGAGGAAAAAUGAGAGUCAGAGUACCUAUGGAGCCUUGGACCUUGGAGGGGCCUCCACACAAAUUACCUUUGUGCCCGUGAACGAAACGCACACGUCUUCUGAAAUGUUGAAGCACUUCCGCCUCUAUGGGAGGAACUACACUGUGUUUACACACAGCUACUUGUGCUUUGGGAAAGAUCAAGCACUUCUGUGGAAAAUGGCCAGGAAUGCUACGCAGUUACAGUCAGACCUCCUCCUGGAACCAUGCUUCCACCCUGGAUAUACGACGACAAUGGCCACCAGAAAGCUUUACGGGAGCUACUGCAGCAGGAAAUUUAAUAACUUGGAUCAAGGGGAUACCAUAAGAAUCCAAGGCACUGGGAACUUUCUAGAAUGCCAGAGAAGCAUCCUUGAGCUCUUCAACGCCAGUUUUUGCAAUACCUACGAUUGUGUCUUUGAUUCGGUUCACGUACCACCAAUCUGGGGAAAAUUUGGAGCAUUUUCAGCUUAUUACUACACAAUGAGCUUUUUAAACUUGACAUCGGAAGACGUGUCCAGUGAGGAGAUGGUGACUCGGAAGAUGGAGGAGUUCUGCUCCACACCCUGGGCUGUGGUGAACACAACUUUUGCUGAUGUGAAUAAGAAGUACUUGAGUGAGUACUGCUUUUCUGGCACCUACGUUUUAACCCUCCUUCAAAAGCUUGGUUUCACAGAGUACUGGAAUCAAAUCGAAUUCUUGAACAAGAUCAACGGCUAUGCAGAAGCCGGGUGGAGUUUGGGCUACAUGUUAAACCUGACCAACAUGAUCCCAGCAGAGCUGCCACCGCCUAAACCUUUCUCUCGCCCCACGUACAUCACCCUCAUGGUCUUCUUCUCCCUGCUGCUGGCGGUAGUGUUCAUCCUAGGCUCGGUGAUCUUUCAAAAGUCUUCACAUUUUUGGAAGUAAACAGAAUAGCAGGACAAGUUGAAAUCUUCUGGCUGGAAUGAGGAAAACACAAAACAAAAUCCACCCAGGAAGCACUUUUCUCUAUGGCUGCGUACAAGACCAUCCUUCCCUGCUCACUGGGGCCAGUCUCGAUCAGUUUAAAGCUUCCGAGCCUUUUGCUGGGAGUCAUUCACCACGCUUUGCCUCAAUGACUUCCCUGCAGACACUGCCUCUUUUGUCUUUCCCAAUUGCCCACUCCCUUUCAUACAAUAUUUGUGUAAGUUGUGCCACUUUUCAUGCUUUUUUGCUUUAUAAAAGAACAAUAUUGGCUUUUUCUAAAAAAUUGUGUGUCCUGAGUCCUGUGUGGGGAAUUAAA